CGCAUACGAGCAGCUGUGCAGUUUGCUGAGGAGUCUCCAAAUAUAUACAUAUAUAAAUAUAUAUAUACAUAUAAUAUAGUAGAUCCACCAUGGCGAAUGUCUGGGUGAGGAUCCUCAUCGGAGGACUGACUAUGCUUGUGGCCAUCGGCUAUAAAAACUAUCGCGACCUUAAGGCUCCUGGAAAGAGGCCCGAUCUGGACAACAAUGCCUACUGGGGUCCAGCGUUAAAGGAACCUUAUCGGGAAAAUAAGGCCAUCCUGCCCUACGACAUCAGCGUGAAGCCAGAGGUAAUUGAGGAUCUGAAGAGCCAGCUGAGUCGUCCUUCGAAGGCUCAAGCGCCGCUGGAGGGUGUGGGAUUCGAGUAUGGUUUCAAUGCCAAUGAAUUGGCCAAGGUGGUGAAAUACUGGCGUGACACUUACUUGGCCAAGUGGACCGAACGCGAACAAUACCUCAAGAAACUGGAUCACUACCAGACGGAGAUUCAGGGCUUGAAAAUUCACUUUAUUCAUGCCAAACCCACCCAGGUGAAGGGCCAGAAGCCCAAGAAGGUGCUGCCCCUGCUCCUGAUGCACGGCUGGCCGGGAACCGUUCGCGAAUUCUACGACUUCAUUCCCCUGCUGACCACGCCGAGUGAUAAGAGCGACUACGUCUUCGAGGUGAUUGCACCCAGUCUGCCGGGCUAUGGAUGGUCUCAGGGCUCUUCAAAAACUGGAUUCGGCGUGGCCCAAGUGGCCGUGGUAAUGCGCAACCUGAUGCUCCGAGUGGGAUUCAAUAAGUUCCUGGUGCAGGGUGGCGACUGGGGUUCGAUAAUUGGAUCCAAUGUAGCCUCCCUUUUCCCGGAGAACGUAUUGGGUUACCAUUCGAACAUGUGCGGAAACAACAGCCCCUUGGGACAGAUCAAGUUGGUGCUGGCGUCGUUCUUCCCCAGCUGGUUUGUGGACAGUCAGCACGCCAGUUUCUACAAGGGAUUGGGACACAUGUUCAGCACCAUUUUGGAGGAAAUGGGAUAUGCCCAUAUUCAGGCCUCCAAGCCGGACACCAUCGGCAAUGCCCUGAUCGACAAUCCAGCUGGACUGGCUGCCUAUAUUCUGGAGAAGUUCUCCACGUGGACGAAUCCCUCAUUCAGAUCGCUUCCCGAUGGCGGACUAACCAAGAGGUUCACAUACGAUCAGCUUUUGGACAAUGUGAUGAUCUAUUACGUGACCAAUUCCAUUACCACCUCCGUGCGUCUGUACUCGGAAUCCAUGGUUGCGUCGCAGUUCGCCUUGGCCGUAGAUAGCUUGCCCAUCAAGGCCAAGUCUGGAUGCACUCGUUUUGCCCAUGAGAUCGUCCACACUUCCGACUCGGUUUUGGCCAACAAGUUCCCGAACCUGGUGCACAGUACCCACCACUCGGAUGGCGGUCACUUCCCGGCAUUUGAGCUGCCCCAGCAGCUGUACGAUGACUUCGUUAGUUUUGUCCAGAAAGCUGAUUUGUCCUGAAAGACUUUAUUUGUAAUUAGUUAUACGAGUGCAUUGUAAAUUUCUAUUCUGAAGCGACAGUGUCUGUUGCGAAAAUUAAAAGAAAUCGGGUUGGUGAUUGAAGUUGCCUUAUCUGCUUUUAAAACCGAAA